UUUUCAGAUCCCAAAAAGCAGAGAGGAGCUAUUCUUGAACGAUGGGACGGAAUCGAUGGUUACCUGUGCCAGAAACUGUUGGAAGAUCCUCGUUUUCCAACUAUGCCCACAUAUUAUUCAUACACUCCGAUGUUCAGUGAGCCAGUCAACUGGGGUGACAACUACGGCUCAAGAAUCAGUGGCUACUUUGUGCCACAGCAAAGUGGACAACAUAUAUUCUUUAUAGGUAAGGAAGCAUGUAUUUACAUCACUCGGGGCUUUUCAGGGAUAAUUUUCAAUACUACUGUGUCCGGAACCUACUGCCGGACUACUUAUGACACAGUAUAAUCAAUUAAUGGGUAAAUAGUCAUAAAUGCUCCUCCUAAUUUAUAGUCACCACCAAAGAUUUAUUAUGUCCCUAAAAAGGUCUUUUAUGUCCCACAGACUCACUCUGAUUGAAUGAAAAUACGUCCUUAUCUGAUUAACCAGUUGGUUUAAUGUCCAACUGCCAGUUAGCAUUUUUAUCUUACUUUGUUUCAUUUGAAUGUCAUUUGUUAAUGAUUGUUCCUGAGAUGACUCUUGCGAUGGCUAUUUAACUGAAUAUUUAAACAAUUUGCAAGUAGCCUUUUACAUCUGUUUUAUUCCAGAAAGUGACAAUGAGGGCCAACUGUUUUUAAGUACGACAGAUAACCCUGACGAUAAGAUUCUGAUAUGUCGCGUUGGAAAAGAUCACGAGUCCCUUCCUAUGCAGUUUAGAAAGUAUGUAUGCUGUCUAGAUAUUGAUUUAUAUUUUAAGACAAAAAUGAUUAUGAUCCAUUUUCAUUAGGCGUUGUAGUCCGUUUGGGACCAAGGCAAACUGUUAAGAAAAGUUAUAAGAAGUAAUUUAAUUACUACGAGGCACCUGAUAGCUCUUUGGAACUACGGGUACACCCUUCCAGUUCGAAUUAGAAAUUAGAAGUGGAGGGAAAACCCGUGUGUCUGGGGUUAAACCUAUGUACUACACCAAUAAUAAUUCGUGUCUCGACCCAUGUUGUUCGGCGAAACUAAACGGCUUAAAAUUGUUGCUUAAGAUUAUUGCUUUCGUAUACCUUCAGAUAUCCUGAACAAGAAUCGUACCCUAUCAACCUUAUGAAUGGGUCAUACAAAACUAAUGCUGAACACUUUUCUCUUUAAACGGCUUAAGAUUAUUGCUUUCGUAUACCUUCAGAUAUCCGGAACAAGAAUCAUACCCUAUCAACCUUAUGAAUGGCUCAUACUACUACAUCGAGGCGCUUCAUAAGGAGCAAUACGGCAAUGAUUCUCUGACGGUGGCUGUCAAGACCCCGGAUAACAAAUUUUACGCACCCAUCCCCUCCCAGUUCCUGUGGACACAAGCGCCACAUAAGGAAGGUAUGGCAGUUAUUCGAAUCAAUAAAACUGUUAUUUUUCAUAACUUUAUAUUCUCUAAGAAUUUCCUUGUGCUUUUCGUGCCAUUUAUAUUAUGUUUUUAGGGACUCUGUUUAGUGUUAAAAUUGUAAGUGAGAAAUAACAAAUGACCUGAUUAACGAGAGCAAGUGUUCGGGAUCCCAUACGGCGAUCCAAAAAGAAAUUGUAGGCCGAUAAGGGUACCAGGAGUAAUGUACAGUGUUAUCCGAACAGAGAUUCGUCACGUUUCUAGCAACCGUGCAAAUCUUGAGAGGCGCUGUUCUUGACGCCACGCUGCCUGAAAGAAACUUGCAACGAGAAUUUACUAGAACCGAAUAUAAAAAGGGUUUACCGGUAAGUAAAUUUUCCUUUUAAUAUGUAUUUCUUAAAGAUAACAAGAAAGCCCCCCAGUCUCUUCUAUUAAAGAUAGCAGCCAAAGCGGGGGCUAAGGCGGGAGCAUCCCUUGGGAUGUCUGAAGCCAAAAUAAGUGGGGCAGAAGCCGGGGCCUUGGCAGGAGCGGUAGCUGGGCAGAGGGCUGCAGCCGAAGCAGCGGAAGCAGCAGCAACAAAAGCAGCAACAGAAGUCGCGACGAAGACGCUUAAGGAAGCAUUAGAGACACUAGGAAAAUUACAUAAACCGGUACAGUGUUUAUACUUCUUGUAAUCAGUGUUCAAUCCAUUUUUUUUUCAGUUUUAGAAAUAUUCUUAUGUGUAAUGCCUAAUACUUUAGAUUAUUCUGGUUGAAUCAUUUACUGUAAUGACUUAGAUUCGAAAAUAUCACACUAUUAGUGUGAUCAAACACUGAAUUAAUUAAACAAUUUCGGCAGUAACUGAGUUAGUUUGACAAAACAAUAUUUAGAGUUGUUCUACAAAGGAAAUACUUUUAGCUCUAAGAACCUGCUCAGCAUGGGUGUAUGCACUCCGAGUAUGUUUGGGGUUUGGAGGCAUUGUUAUUUGAAAAGGAGAGGAAAAAACCGAGGUACCCGAAAGAAACAUCAGGGGAAGAUAGUAAUUAAUGCUCAACAUCACACUAGGUUAAUUAUCCGGGACAUGAACCCUGGUCACAUUCAUGAGAGGCGAUCGCUUUCAUCACCUCCCCUUGGUCCUUACUCUUAAUUCUUAAACCUCAAACGACACUCAUCCGACUAAAUUGACCACACCAUCCUUUCAGUCGUUUAACAUAUACACAGCAAAUGGAAGUGUCAUACCCGUGGAACCUGUUGCAGCGCCGCAGACUACAACUCAAGCUGGUACCAGCGGAGUGAAUAGAACAGAAACAACACUGACGAGUGGGGCAGCGGUCGGUCAGACAGGGACCCAAGGUCAAACAGGUCAAAUUGUAACGGGUCAAACUGAGCUGCAAUCAACAUACAAUGCAACAAUAGGAGUUCAAUACGGCGGGACACCAGGCCAUCCGCUACCGGGUCACCCAGGGAUAUAUCAUGGCGCGUUUGUGUACAACAGAGCAGUCCCAUACUAUAUUCCACCUAAGACUGACAACCCUCACGAAGCUGCCACAGCUAAACAGUUUGUGGACCCAAGAGGUCUCGCGAAAGUGAGUAAGUAGCCAACCAUUAUUCAUCACCAUUUUAGAUCGUGCAGAACUUUUGACGUUUGAACUUUUUUGCUUUGAGCAACAGCCAAUUUCACAGCUUUUUACUAAAAUUAACGAAACUAUAAAGGCUAGCGUGUCGUGCUCUUCGUUAACUUCAACUUUUCCAUGGCAAACCAUUUUUUUAUAGUCAUGAAUAUUGCAAAUCAUAAACUUUUGUUGGUAAUAACGUUUUUAGAGAGACAUCCCGAGCAUCAAUGAAAUGCCUAUUUUAACUGCGAAAUUACUUUUGAUUCAUAAACUUGUCACUUAGUAGAACUGGUAGUUGUCUCUUUCUCUUAUCAUGUUAGUUAAAUUUAAAUUGACCCUAGAGCAUAAAAACAGGCCAUUUCAAGUUCCAAAAACUCUCACUUUCAAAAUGAGUCUAAAUGCUAACCUUUUCUUGUGAAAAUAGGUUUUAUUUGUUUGAAAGUAAAAAAGUCAUUUUCAUAUCAUUCAAUUAAUGACUUUGUGCCUAGCCUCGCUUUGAAACAGAGGUAAUUGAGGUAAUUCGGAAAUGGGCUAUUGGUUUGAGGGAAAAAAAGAUGCACCAAAAUAACACUAAAAACUGCAAGCUCAUAAAUAGAGUUAUCAUGCGUAUAUUUUGCAGUUGUACAUGGUGCUCUGUAUGUGAUUCAUGCCUUUGAUGUACCCGCUGCUCAAAAUCCUAUGUACAAUCUUUGUUGGCGAAUAAGUAAUGACAGAUUGGAACUAACUCAGCAUUGUCAGGUAAGAUAGCCAAUUCAAAAAGCUAUGCCCAUUCUUGGUGUACCAUUCUAGAAGGCAAUAUCUACUGUAUAUUUGCAAAAUUGUCGCAAAAUGUAUAAAAUGAUCGUCCAAAACUGAAAAUUUCCUAUGAGCACUUUCUUUUCCCAGACCAAAUUCAGAACUUUUGAAUUCACUGCUUGGCCAGGGAAAAGUGGAGAAAGAAUUCAAAUGCCUUGCAAGUGUACCUGAUAUUCUCCCGUUCAUCAUGGAUUCUUUGCUGCAAUAAUUGUGUUCUGCCCGUUAUUAUUCACUUCCAAUAAACCACACCUGAGUAGUGUAGGACGCAUUAGUUAGACCUCUUAAUUGUAUCGUUCAUAGGAUAGAGACAAAAGGCUAUGAAAUCAUCGGCGUCAAUGCAUUCCACUUCACACUAAAAAAAACCAGUGCACCCUGUGCUACUCCCAUGGAUCCCCAAGAAUAGUAUCCUCAGGUUGAAAACACCAUUAUCAGUGAUUCUUUUUUGGCAGCCUGUUGUCAAAUUCAUAUUCCAUAUCUUAAUUGAUAUUUUCUGCGCUUGGAGACCUCGGGUAAAAAAUCAUUUAGUUUAGAAAGCUGGGACUUCUGAAAUGCCUGGAACACGUACUGCCCUUCACCAUUCCACUCUCUCAGCACAUUACACCAGUAUCUUUACCUUAAUUUUGUGUUCAUUUUCUUUUCUACUUUGAAACCUAGGUUAUUUCUUAUAUUUAAUAUUAAACAGGCUUUUAUGGUCCACAUUCCUGGAUUCGACAACGGAACCGGCGAACACCCGACUAUAUCAUUUGAAUCGGCCUGUGCCCCUAGUCAUUUCGUUCGACAAAAGAACUACAAAUUUGUUUUAGGAAAGAAGGGAGAUACGAAAUUUGGUAAGUUUAUUUGAUAUAUAUUCGGAGUAGAAGAUUUUCAUUUCCGUUCAGUUUUUACGAGCUCAUGAUUAAGUUUGUGGUAGACUUUAGUUUAGUUUCCAUUUUCAAAGGUAAAAGGGGAAUUUGUUUAAAACUUUUUCCAGUUCCUGGGAAGUUUAUAAUAUGAACUCAGCUGAAAUUUUACGAGUGACAUUUUUGGGUGUCAGUUCUGCACUGUCAAAAGAGGUAAUCUGCCUCUUACACAGGCAGUAAAACCAAUACCAAAUAUUCUAUCAAAAGCCUUUGUCGUAAUCAUUAAAGUCCCUUUUCUUCUGACCUUCAGACUAUGACGCCACCGCAGCCUUUUUCCAAGUGUUUUCGUUGCCAGGAGCUUUCCAGUUCAGUCUUAUGCGUAAAGGAUGGUACAUCUGUAGAAGUGAGGACUCAGACUAUCACCGUGUAAAGAUUGUCACAGACUACAACAUGGCUUCUAAAUCGUGGCUUAGACGAUGCUCGUUCGCCCUAAGGCCUUUAGCAGCAAACGAGGAUCCGCUUAUGAACUGCCUUGGAACGCGUCCGCCACCAACGCCACAUCAAAAGCCUGGAAUAAGUGCUACACCAACCUCCCCUCCACCAGGGACAAAUAAAACCAUACCUACCACUCAUUCUACAAAUGCUACUACACCAACCACUCCACCCAAAGAAGAAGGUGAAAAAAUCCCGUCGUUUUUCAUGUUUUCCACAAAAUUGUCCUCCAUCUGUUUUAAGUAUCGAUCAUUCAGGCGUCGGGCACUUAAGACAAUCCCUUGUUGUUUUGACCAUAUCCCCAUUUUUCAUUAUAUUUUGGAAGAACUGAAAUGGACAAAGGGAUGAAAGCUAGAUCCCAGCGAGGUAAUGAAGAAAUUUUAGGCAAGGGGUGAGCGAAUCCAUAGCCUAUACCAACCAGACCAUGUUCAACAUGUUCAGUUGCAUUUGGCAAUCUUUUUCUGGACUACAAACCCCCCAAAAAACCUAUCAUGUGUCAGAGAGCUGAGGAGAAGAAACUCAUCUUCAUACCACUGACCCUAUUCUACACUAGUAUGAAAUCCCCUGAAAUCUGUACCCUUCUCCAGCCUAUAAUGUUUGGAACCAUCCAUAUCCUUCGGUGUUUAACAAACCCUUUUAUCCCGUAUGACUCGAGUUGGGGUAGGUGUCCCAACCUCCCUUCGGUAUGCAAUCUAAAAUUUUAUGAAUUUUACUGUUUACCCGCAUUGAGGGAGUUUUAGCAGCGACAAGGGCGACGGCAGCGAAAAUAUCACUAUUAGAAUGAAUUCGCAUUUUUAAAAAAUAUGUUGGGUUUAUUUCAACUCCGAGUCGUUUAAUGCAGGUGAAUCUCCCAAGGGACGAAAGAAAAAGAAUAAUGUCGUCACCGUUUGUUUACGGCCUCCAUAAAAAUUCGCAUGAGGAAUUUCACUUCAUGGUCGUGCAGUGACGGCAAAGAAAUGAACAAAAGGUAUACUGCACGUGCAAAGUUAUUGUUUUGCUAAAUAAAACUAUUGCUUUUUGGGCGACGGCAACUUUCCAAACUUGAGAGUACACUGGAAAAACUGGACCUUUUACAGAGAUAGUAAGAUGUCUAUAAAUUGUAAAUUUUAUAGACUUUUUACAAGAGUUAAAAUCUUCCCCUCUGUCGGAGUCCCCAAGAAAUCGACUCCAGGAAAAUUGGACUGUAUUUGACAUUUUCAGCGAAUUGGAAUAAACGCGAAUUCAUUUCAAAAGUGGCGUUUACUCUGCCGUCCCCGUCGUCGAUGCUAAAUCUCCAUCUUGUUCCCAGGGUCCUCUCUUACCACCUCUUCCCCGGAGCGAGAGAAAAGGAACGAUUAGGAAAGGACCCUGGGAACAAGAUUGUCUUUGGCGUUGGUAAAGCUAAGCCCCCUAAUGCUGAAUGCUUCUUGUUAUGAUACCUUCAUUUUUACUCCUCGCUUUAGGUCCUUGCCUGAAUUUUCAUUUCUGGAACGAUGCCGGUAUACCCUUUAUGCUCUAUUCCAGUCUUAAGCCGGAAGGCUACUUAGUCACAGGACCUGAGAUUCAUCUUCACUACGUCAUCCGAAAUAAAAAAGUGGUGGGUCUGGUCCGUCUUCCAGACAAGAGAGAUAAGGUCUCUGUUUCAAAUGGACCCCUACUUUCAGAGGUACGAAAACGAAACACUACGCUCUGACCAACAAAGUACCUAACUGCAGUUAUUUCAAAACAUUUCCUUCCAACAUUAAUUUCCGGUCAUGUUUACGGAACCACAAAGUUGGUAAUGCAUUGCAAAUGACGCGAAAUAUUGAACUGAGCACUGUGUUGCAUGUAAUAUAGGUUUUACAAACUCCAUGGAUACUAAAAAAACAGUGUUCAAAUUAUAUUGGUUUAUGAGAUGAUAUCUGCUUUUAAUUUACUGCAAUCAAAUGUGAGGAUUAAGCAUUGAUUUGCCCAUAGAUACCCUUUUUAACAGCUGGUAUCUGAUUUACGCAAAGGUAAUGAAUGAAAUAAGUGAAAGCCAGCAGCUGUUACUUGACUCACCGGGAUCAAAAAUAGCAGCUAACCAGAUUGUCAAAUUUUGGGCAAAGGAUCCCUACGGAAAGCGUGAGAUUCUUUUGGAUGGCAAGAAAGUUGUGUACGCUAUCCCGGGAAUUCACUGCGACCACCAAGUAAAAAUUACAGUGACAUCAAGGCCUAAACCAAGUAAGCACGAGAAAUAAAGGUGUUAUAUGCAUAAUUCCUCAAGCUAGUGCAGGUAGAUAGAAAGACCCAAGAGUUAAGAUCACGGGCUGUGGAAUGGUCAGACUUCUGCCUUCCAAACCAAGUUCAACAAAGUUAAUUUGUUUCAAAAAGGGCCUUAACUAAGGGAACUUAUCUGUUAGGUCUCCUUUAAGACGUUUUGUAAUAAGCAGCAACCUAUGAUGCGCAAAAUCUUUUACAUGACAGUAUUUCCAUAGAUACAAAAAUGUGGUUUUACCAACUGAGUUGAUUCUAUUAGUAUAGUGGCUAAAGUGUGUAGGAGGAUGGACAAGCUGAUUUUUGAAGUGCUAACCCUUAAUCAUUCGGAUAAACUUUUAACAAGUUUAAGUAUCGUCCGCAAAGUAUCAUACUAUCAAACGUUUUUUGUUUGAUUCUAGCUCCAUCAACAACCAAGCCAACAACUCCAAAACAGACAACAACAAUGAGACCAACCAUUACUUCUCCUGUGCCAACCACACCAGCUCCAGCUCCACCAACCAUACGUAUCACUGCACCACCACCUCCUCCACCAACUCUCUUUCCUCAUAUACAUGUCCACUUACACGCUCCUCCACCACCAGUUCGACAUGCACCCACACCGGUAUAUGCACCUCCACCGCCACCAGCAACACCGGAGCCAUCUCCUCCAGCACUGCCACCAACGAGACCACCACCACCACCGCCUCCCCCAACAAAACCUCCAAGCACCAAAACAACGCCACCGCCAGCACCAUGCGGUCCAGAAGGAGGUUCCAGUACAGCUGGUCCAUGCGUUGCACUUACUAUUGAGCCUGUUACAACACCUCCACCGCCAUGCUCUGCUGGAUCCACAUCUACGUGUCCUCCUGUCGCUACCCCUCCACCAGUCACUCCAUCCCCUCCAUGUUCUCCACCGGGGGGGCCUCCUGUACCACGGGCCCCACCUCCUUGUCGACCACCAUCGACUGCACUGCCACAAGUUUUACCUGUUACUUUACCAACCCUUCCGCCAAUUUCAACUGCUUUGUCAGCUGCAGGUAAGUUAAAUUUAAGCCAGGACUUUUCUGUAGUUAUAAAAUCUUGAGCGUCCAUGGACGGUAGUCGAAACACGACCAUGGUGGAACAGGUUAAGCAUCCUCUACCCACUGAGCUAUGGAAAACUCGUUGUAACCAAGGUCAUACAAGAUUCUUUUUAUCCGUGAGUCUCACCACGACAUCCAACUGGCAGUGGGUGAAAAAAAUGUUUAGACACUGUCCUUAAACGGGGUGUAUUUCGGGAAACAAAACGAUGUCCCCCCACAAAAAUGACGCUGGGAAACCAGUGGUGAGGUCUUUAAAUGUAGAAAGUAAUCUCAGGCUAGUAGUUGAAAUGUGCUGAAAACCAAGCAAAUAAAUUAAACGUAAACGCUCGAUCCAAAAUUGUAGAAAUUGAGCUCGCUAGUUUUAAAGAGCAUAGUGUCUUUAUUGAUUCGUGAUGUUCGGUACGUGCUUUUCUAUUUCACAAUCUUUUAUCUAAUAAGAUUUCCUUCGAUUCCAAGCUGAUUUUAUUCUAUACAAAAUGACUCGACACACUUUAAUAGCGCUCCUUUAACUAACAAAAUUGUUUAUCUGUUAAACUCAGGCGAUUGAAUUUUUAAUACAGUCAACGUUGGGCGUUAUUCUCCUAUAUCGAAAAAGAAAAUAAUUCGCGACGGGAUAAAGAAGAUAUUAGGAAUUAGAACUAAAAGUAAUUAGACGUUUUUUAGGCGUCUCAACAACUUUCCUAAAACCUGUAAACUCAUUCUCCUUUGCUUUCUAUUUCAGUUGCGAUUACAAUCCAAGGUAAGCAAAAGUGAUGUUGCUCAUCAUCACCGAUAUGCUGAAUUCGGUGUAUGGGGAAAAAUCCUGGUUCUUUGAUCUUCUGAAAACGUCUAAAAUUUUAAAGCAGUAUUUUAAGAAAUCAUUCUUAAUUUAUGAAUGAUGUUGGUUGUGGAAAUUGCAGAGCUAGAUGUGCAUCCUGACAUGACUGGGACAAGGUUUAUCAUAAAGUUGCUUGCAAAAGAAUAACAACAGUGACAACAAAACAAACAAAUUAUUUUCUGUGGUGCUGGCGUGGUGGCAAAUUUUUGGUGUCCACUAAAGCAUUUACAUUUGCUUUAUUGGAAUAAAACUCUUGAAAUAAACAAUUAGAUGGUUACACUAAAGAGAAAACCAUUUAAUAUUUAAAAAAUAUACAUAGUUAUUUUGUUAUCACAUCAGGUUGUAUGGCCACCCAUGGUGGGACUUCGCAUGAUGCUUGCUGUAUGUUUCCCUUCAUCUAUAAUGGAACACCGCACCAUCGCUGCACAAGGGCAGGGCGAGGGUAUCGCUGGUGCUCAACCACUGCUAAUUAUGACGUAGAUAAACAGUGGGGGUUUUGUGCGUCCUGCUAUCUGUGCUACGGCGGCAACUCAAAUGGGAACUGCUGUCAUUUUCCCUUUAUCUAUGGUGGGAAAAUGUACACAACUUGCACCACUCAGGAUGAAUCCAAGCCCUGGUGUGCUACGACUUACGACUACGAUGUUGAUAAACAAUGGGGCUAUUGUGGAGGUAAAAGGAAACUGUUUUCUAAUUGAUGAUUACACAAUACUUUUCUGAUUACAACAGUCGAUACGUGUAGUUCGCAAGUCCGCAUUGUGGUUAGUUACACAUCCCGGCCAUACUACUCAUUGUGGUCUCACCAUUUGUAGCCGCGACCUCAGUUAUGCUAACAGUACUUAACUACAUAUCCUUUUAGGGUGAGUUAAGGUGAAAGGUUUGUACGCAGCGACGCUACGUCAUUGACACAAGCAUUAUAUUGCAGGGAUUUCCUGAAAUUUUUGUAAGGAUAAUAAUUACACCCUUCCAAGAAGAACAUGCCAUCCCAUCUUUGUGUCAAAUUUCUAAGGAGGAAGAUACAGUAUACGACAGUACUAUUAGUUUGCGAUCUGGCCUUUAACAGUUCGAUUUUAAUAGAACGCGAUGGUUCGAAUGUAAACUCAAAUAACAAUCUACUAAACUGCAUACAAUUCAAAAAGCAUACAAGCAUAUAAAACCCGUGUUUUUACUCACCUAAAAUGCCCACGAACUUCCGGACAAACCAACGACGGUAGGGAUGAAAGCCUAAAUAACUCUACCACUAUAACGCUUAAUGACAUGAUGACGUUAUACACCAAAUCUCACGCUCUAAUUGGUUAUUGUAUUAGCUCUUUGUUACCUUAAUUAUCUUUCACAUCAGUCGAGAUUUUUCUCCGCCUUUACAAUACCUUGCGCAUCGGCUGUAUUAUGCUGCCGCCCCGUCAGCCUCGCGUUUUCACCGGGCUGAAUCUUUGGCAAUUAGGAAAAUCUAAGGUAUAGUUAUUCGUUCUUGUUCUUUAUUUAUCCAAAGGUGACGCCCCUGGGUCAAUUCCUCAGCCCAAGCUCGCCUACGCACCAUGCUCUUCUGAUUGCGACGGGAUGUGUGUAGAUACGUGUCCUGAUUACUGCUGUGUAAAGGGGAAAACAAGUGUUCAGCAGCAGAUGCCUCCCGUAACAACUCAACCGGCACAGGUAAUAACCUUAAGACGCGAUUUUCCGUAGGAGCGAAGCUGCGCCGCGCCCAUCUCUAAAGGGGAGAGUCACAUAUCAGAUAGGUGUUCACACUAUAUACCGUAUAGCUUUUCGUGUCUGCACAAAAAGGCUAUCUGUAGCCUGCGAGCAAGCUCUCUUAUUUGGGCGAGUGAAGGGAGUAUCGCGAAAACGCGCGAGCGGCGAAGCCGCGAGGGACAGGGGAAAGGCCCCUCGCUCGCGCGUUCUCGAAAGGCUCAUUUCGCUUGCCCAAAUAGGAGAGCUUACUCCAAGGCUAGGCUAUCUUGUAUAGUGUGAACAUUGCUCAAAUUCGCCACAAUGUGUUUAAAAACUCAUCAUAUGACUGAUCGAUCUAUCCCCAAUUACAGUGAAAUUUAUGGAAAGGAUCCACAAUAAAAUCUUUCCUGUAACUUGGCACCCAGCUAUAUCCAGGUUCGAAUAUACCCGGGUACCAGUGAAUAGAAAAUUAUGAUAAAAUUGCUUAUUGCAAAGCAAUUUACGGUACAAACAAGCAUUUUAAAACAAGGCGUUUUAUUGACUUAGAAACGACGUUAUUUUUCAGUUUCAGCAAAGUUUUGAGGCUCAUCAGCAACAACAGUCAUGUCCAUCAAUCUGCGCCAAGCUCUGCGCACCAGACUGCCCCGUGAGGUGCUGUAAUCUUUCUCCUGCUGCUUCGUACGUACCUGCACCUCCACCAGUACCUUCAUACUGUCCUCAGAUUUGCUACAGUACGUGCAUUAGCUCAUGCCCGGCACACUGCUGCUCAAGCUCGCGACGAGGAGUUGGCCGUAACAGUUUACUGGGCGCAGACACUCCACCUUGCCCCAGCGACUGCUAUUCUAGUUGCCACUUAAACUGCCCACCGCAAUGCUGUAAAAUUAAAAGGGAAGGUAAAAACAACAUGCCCCUGUACGGGACUGAUAGAUAGUAGAUAGAUAUGAUGGCGAUAAUAUUCGAGGAUGGGUGGCGGCGUUGCUAAAAUGUGGUUAGAGGCAAAAAUUCUAUAAUUUUAAAAAAAAUUGCCCGGAACCAAUUUACUCACCUCCUGCCUUUAUUGACUUUUUCCUAUCAUUUUUUCCUGGGCUGGCACAAGAUUUAAAAAAGGGCUCGGUGAUCUUAGCAUGCUUUCGCAAAAAAUAACAUUUUACCGAAAGCUUCAAGGAGCAACGAGUUCGAUUAAUUCGUCCAUUAACCAGAACGUGCUCUACUGAGAAGAAUUUUGCAGGUAGUCCCGGAUAAAACUGAAAGCAAACAAAAUACAAAUUAAAGUAACACGCUUUUUACAUUUAGUUUCUAGCCAGAUAAAGGUAGCUAGAGUAAAGAACACCCACCUUUUCUGUUGUUUUUCGUGCUCAAACGGUUAUCAAAAUAUGGGAAAUGCUAACUUGUUCUUUAUCUUUGUCAAAUGUUUCCUUUCAGUUUGUAGAGACGGUCUGCGUACAGUCGGUGGGAAUGCAGAAGGGGCCUGCUGCAAUUUGCCUUUUAUCUAUAAGGGUGCGGUUUAUUGGGCUUGUACCACCCAAGAUUCUGUGAAAAGAUGGUGCUCGGUUAAUAAAGUGUUCGAACUCGACAAAAAAUGGGGCUUCUGUGUAUAG